AUGCCCAACGCCAACGACAAGGCCAAGCCGCGAAGAAGGAGCCGCGGCUUGGCCUUGUCGCAACCUGCGACUCAUGUUCGGCCAGUAAGACCAAGUGUAGGAAAGAUGAGGAAGAUGGCCAAUCCUCCUCGAGAUGCGCCUAUCGCGAGACCAUGGGAGCUCAAGUUAAGAUCCAAGGAAUGGAAACAAACACUGGCAAAGGAGAAGCUUCGCUCCCUUUUACCAUUCCCAGCAACUACCAUAUGGGCCCUUGCAUAUAUGGUCUCCACGAAUGUGUCGGCACAGCAAGAGGUCACCUUGAAGCUAACGCCAGAAUCCAUAAAGGUCUUGAUUGAAUACCAUAAGGAAUUAGAGAAGGAGAUAUUCAAUAAGCCACAUACGCAAUCCGCCACGGCAGCUAACAGCUAUGUUCACAGGGCUAGCAUAUAUUAGAAGACGGUGACGGGUGAACUUUUGUGCGGGGCUUCUGAGAGGUUGUUAGACUCACAUUCACGCUGUAGUGGCCUAGCUUUUAAAGUGCUUGCAAUAUAGAAUACCAACUCUUAAUCUUG